AGAGAAUGACAUCAUCGACGUAGUGAACAGUCGCGUUGUUAAGUAACGAGAGGGGGAGACAGACUCGAGAGGAGAACGGCCGCUUGUGCAGCUCGAGCUUCUGAGGGACUAUCAACAGGGAGUGCAACCGACGGAUCCGAGAGCUGAGGGAAUGAAAGCCGCCAGAAUCCGCCCCCAUCCUCCUCUGCCAAGGCUUCUGUCCGACUGACAACCAUCGGAUCAGAACCCUCACCGAACCAGCUACCGGACGAACCCAGUAUCGGGUGAGUUGCGGGUCAGGGAACCAGAGAAACCAAGGGGGAAAAGGGGCCUGAUUCGUCCGAAUCAGACUCUUGUAUUCACGGCUUACAUGAGAGGGGGAGGGGGCGAGAAGUAGGGAUGGCUAUCUACACAGGCUAGUCCGGAACAUAAAUGGGUGCGGUUUGAAGUGCGAUAAAAUGUGGCGAUGUGAGCUUUUCGCAUUUUCACUUUACUUUAAUUUCGGGUAAUAUUUUUGUGAUGCAGUAACGUUACGUUUCACGGUUCCGUAUUUCUCCUAGCUUACUCCGAGCAGCUAACAUUUGACUAACGUAAAGCCCUCGGCCAGUAUGUAUCCAAACGGUAACUAAAACGUUUGAUUCAACAAACAGAUCAGACAAAACUGUGUUGGAUUCUUUGUAGAUUUUAUUGAAUGUAGCUUUAGUUAGGGCAGAAAUCUUGCUAUAGCGUAUCGUAAAUCACAGCUGACCUGCUUCUCAUCAAAUUACAACCAGGGCAGAGAAACGCACCGCUAUCUUUACAUUUACUAUAACCGUUAGAUUAAAAGCUAGGGGUGAUUUCUUGUGAUAUAUGAAUACAUGCAUUUUAGUGUGAAAUCUGUAUCACAGGAGCUGAUUGUGAAGUGACAGCUGCAGAGUGUGAGAGGCGUAGCAGAGCUCUGCUUUUCAUGUGACUGAAAUCCUCUGGCUUCUGGUCUCUGACACUUGUUUUCUGCCUUUGGGGAGACUUAUUUUGUCACUUUUACAUCAGUCAGGCAGGGUACCUUCUACACAAAGAUUGCUCUGCCCGUCUGACUUGUACUGUGUAUGAUUAAAGAAAAACAAUGAUUUUACCGCAUUCAGGUGAUCAUAGUGAUGACUAGAUGGUUUAACCGUGGUACACCACCUGCAGGAGAUCUUAUCACCUAAAUGACCAUCAAAACUACCCCCAGGGCUGAAUAUCUAUUUGACUAACCAGCCAGCCCUAAGGUUGCUCAACAGUUAUUAGAGGCAGGCCAGAAUUUGAAAUAUGUCCCACCACCUGUUUAUUGUCUCUGUAGUGUUGCUUUCAUGGUCUAAUGUCUAAUGUAUUGUACUACUUUCUAAAUAACACAAUCACAACACCAGCACUGACCUUUAUUAGCUGACAAUUAAACUAUUUGAGUUAUUAAAUGUGCUGUAUUGCAUACAAUGUUGAAAGACUAUUAUCCUUGUGGACCACAUAAAUAAUUAUUUUUUCACUCAUUAUUAAUUAGGGCCCAACCGAUUUAUCAGCAAGCCGAUUAAAUUGGCCAAUUUCAGCCUGUUUGAGACUAAUCAAUAUUCGGCCAAACUCGACAAUUUUCGCCGAUAUUUUCAGAAAUAAGAAUGCAAAAAAUAAAAAUUGGUUUCACUUCGAAAACAUUCUGCCAGUUCCUCGACUUAUCCUGUAGAUGGCGCAGCGACCUGCUGUUAGCUUUGCUACACUGUUAGCCGUGCCAGUAACAGUCGAAUUAACAACAGUACGCAUUAUGCAGUCGAGCUACUUCUUUUACUGAGGCAGCUGCAUGUCUUCAGAUGAGACCGGAUCGGUAAUGAGUAACGUGAGUUAAGACGUAUAUAUUUAUUUUUUAUAACUUCAUAAAUUUGUUUUAAAUCGGCCAAUUAAUCGGUAAUCAGAUUUUUUCCCCCCUUAUAAUCGGUAUCGGACAAGGCAAGGCAAUUAUAAUAUGGAUUUUUAUCAUAAAAUAAUUUAAUUUGGUCCACAAAAUUUGCAAGCAGAAAAAUUAGUCUGUAGCAGCAUCAUCAAUAACGCAGAACAACUUCACUAGAAAAACUGCAUACCUGUCAACCCUGAUUUCCCUGAUAUGACUUGCAGAUGAAUAUCAAGGUAUCUUCCCCUGUCCACUGUCAUACUUUUUCAGGUGUGCUACAAAUAAUAAUUUUCACUUUCUGCACAUCACACAGGCUAUCUUUGUCACAUAAAAUGAUGCGUUUUCACUCUGCAUAUCUUUGCAAUUGCAGAUAUGCCCUUGUAUGGUUUUUUUAGUAAGAUUUGAAGUGAACACAUACCCGGAUUAAAACCACAUGGAUGCUAUGAUUUAAAACGUGUCACUGUCCCUUUACUAAGUAAUUAAUCUAUGGUGCUUCCUGUGUUGCCUUGUAAUUAAUGUUGCCCGUUAAACCAGGUCUCUGACUGCAGCACAUGAGACACCCUCUUGGCGUAAUAAAACCUGACCCUUUUAUUAGGCCAAAUCUAUCAGUGGAUAACAUCCUCAUGCAGGCCUACCCUCUCAUCUAUGAGAGUUGACUUGGAGGUUUAGGGCUGACUUACAGAGCACAAAGGUUUAGUUAGUUUUAAUUUGAAUCGAACAUGGCGCUUCAGAAGUUGUGUUGAGUUUAACAUCUAAAACAAGUACAUGCUUGUUACCAAUACCAGAGCUGAUAUUUGCAUUUCUGUUGAAGCUCCCAGGACAGUUAAUGUGGUGGUAAAGGAGGUUCUGGUGGCAGGGGUAAGUCCUGCAGAAUAGAUGACUGAUCUGCUGGCUUGAGUUGAUGUAGUCCUGAAACUGAGGCAGUCUGAGGAUGUUUUGUUCAGCAGUUUCUCUGAGCUUCCAUGAAACUGUUUACAGAGGACGUGGAAUGAGACAGGAACCAAUAAAGCUGAUAAAAUCAGUAUCAUAAAUUACACAGUAAAUGUUACUAUUAAUCACAUGGGUUAUUUAAAGAUAGUGUUUCCACACAAGGGGGAAUAGUCCCAGUAACUAUAAAAGCUACUAUUUGUUUACAAAGUAUCCCUACAUUGGAAGUGAGGAAGUAAAUCGCUGAUAAGUGAUGCUCUGUACUGAUAUUUUCUCUGCAGCUAUUUGCUUCCUGAAGUUCAUUGCGCAGAAUUGUCUGAGGGCCCUGACACAGAUAACGCCAGCCAGCGCUCGGCGGCUUUCCCUCCCUUGGCAAUGCCAGCACAGAGCAGCGGAGAGCUUAGUCUUGCUUUUGCAGUGGCUGCACAAUGUGGCGUGGUAGAGAGAGUGCUAAAUAAAUGAUGAUCCUACCCUGCAUCACGUGCAGCUCAGCUCAGAAGAUAUACUUUAUUUCCUCAUGUAUGUCAAGCCUUAAUCCCCCCUUUAACUGUAUGUUAUGGCCUGACUUGGCUUUCCUUACUCUUUCCAGCAGGUAUUGCACAAAGUAGCCCCUCAAUGGCAGGACUCUUGGCUGAACAAGACUGCCAUGAAUUGAAGUCAUACAGCUUAGUGCAGGAUGUCCCAUAUCUCUGCAAGGGAAAAGUUCUAUCAAACCAAUCAGUGGUCUAAAAACAGGGUUUAAACCACAAGCUGUAAAACAUGGAUGCAGUCUCAGUGGUGUUACUCAUCGGUUUCUGAAGAGACAGUCUUGAAGCCCAAUUAUGGCAAGCACCAGAUUUGAAAUGCUCAACCUAAUAUCAGAGGCUGUUCUGUCGGGAAAAAAAAGUUCAACUUUAUUUGUUAGCAACUUAAUUUGUGUAAAAGCAUCAGUGCAAACUCACUUGACACUCUACAUAUUUGUGUCGUAUAUCAUGUUUAGAGGGCAAAAUAUACUAGAGUCAGUGUCCUUGUACGUGUGGAAUCACUUGGCCAAUAAAAAAGCUGAUUCUGAAACAAAGCUAGUAAGAAUAAGUUUGACCAUUUGACCAAAGCAUUCAUAAAUAAAUCAAGUCAAUCAUAAAAAAGCAGUGGAAGUGGGUCAAGUACCUAGACUGGCUGAACUGUGAAUGAGUCUGAUGGCAGUUGGCACAGAGCUAGACUUGGCAUGUUUUUUAUGAAUGUGAGAGAUGUGUCCGAAGCAGUUUGUUGUACUUCUCUGUCAGUUCCUCUGUGGAAAUGCUGCUCAGAGGCCCCAGGUCCAGUUAGGUGGAAUUACUUCUUAAUUUGGUGAUUUAGUUGAAAGAGUUUAAGUGUAUUAUGGUAUUAUGAUAGAGUUAAUAAUGGAUUGAUCAAAGCAUCUGUAGACAGCUACUAUGACUGACCUGCAUCUCACAGAGUUUGUCAAAGAUAAAGAAGUGGCAUUGACAUUUGGGGAAGAUGACUUAAAUUUUUCCGCUUUGGAUGAAAAUGUUUUGUUAAUGGUGGUGCUCAAGUACUUUUGCAUACAGCAAACCUUUCAGUCUGGAAAACGAUUACCUAUUUUGGUGUUUUGGCCAUUAUACGGAGCAGGUGCUGCAGAAUUUUAGAAACAGGCCCAUGCUUGAGUGCCUUUAGAAAAUUUAUUUAUUUAUUUUCAAAUAUAAUAUUUUUCAAAUAUUUAUGCUCCUACAACGUGUAGAUUUGCUGCACCGUUACGGCAGCCAUCAAAAAAAGUUACUGGUUGUGUGAUUGCCAUCGUCUUGUUUCCACUCACUGCUCUGUUGAAGGUAAAUUGAUACAGAGGUGUUAAGGGUUUCAUCACAAAGUAAUGCUCCCAACUCCUGGCCUGCUGAUUGUUUUAUAAUGUUGUCAGAGUUCUUCAAAGCACAAAAGAAAGACUUCUGUUUUCAGUGGGGCUGUUUUCAUGUGAACAAUACUUUAGAUCAACUUAAACACCAGCAAAGAGAUGGAGCUGAGGUGGGCUUUUAACCCCCCAACAAACAGCCUGUGACAUGCUGGCGUGUUGUCAACUUAGCCCUGUCUAAAUAAUGUGCAUUCAUGUGCAAUAAUUGUUUUUUUUAGAUUGUCUUAACAGAUUGUUUUUUAAAAAUUGACAAGUAUCAAAUAUGUUUUACUAACAAUGCUGUACACAAGUUUUAUUCUAUUCUAGAAAUGAGGACAUUAACAUUAGACUGAACGGCUUUUGCAGCCAAUCUCUGCUGGGCUUUCAAGAAGUGCAGUUUUUAUGGACUUUAACACCGGCUUUUUUUAAACACUGGUUGCAGCUCACUUUUAAGUGUAUGUAGACUCCAAAGAGUUCAUAAAGAAUUCAAAUGUAACAGGUACUACACACAACUUUUGCAAUCUAAAGGGCAAACAAAGCAGUUUGAAGCUUGCUUGGUUACCUCUCAGUGUGAUUAAGGUAUUUCUCUUCAAGAGGCGACUGACAGGUCUUUGUAGCUCUCAUGUUUUUCUAGCUCCUCUUCUCCUCCCUACCCUGGCUGAACCUCCCUCCUCCCUGCUCCAAACCUAAUCGUGUGUCUCUGCAGGCCAGACAGCUGUUUGCUGAUCAACAAGCCCUGCUCAGGCUACAUUCUCACACAAACACGUGGCCAUUCAGCAUGUCUGGGAUCAUCGUGAGGAUACCUCCCCUCAUUUUAAAUCCCCAGUCAAGGCAAUAGUCUCGUAUAACAACCCGUUUUAAUUUUUUUAAGGGGGAAAGAACAGAGAUAAGCUCAUGUGGUGUCGUGUUUGCUGUCUGUUAAUCACUUUACUUUGUCUGUUUCUUGUAGUGACAACUCAUAACCAUGGAGCUGAGAGUGGGCAACAAGUAUCGGCUGGGGCGAAAGAUAGGGAGCGGUUCCUUUGGUGAUAUUUAUCUUGGUAAGUGGAACUGUACUGUGUUCUGUUGCAUGCCUUACUAAAGUUUCCAUACAUCUGUCAUACAAAGGCUUGCUCAACAUUUCCUCGUCUUAACAGACUCUCUCCUUAUUUCCUACCAUUAAUGUCUUCUUACUUGAACUCUGGACUGGAUUUUCCUUUAUAUUCAUCAGUCACAGGUCUGGUUUUAGCUGCGCUUGCCUUGACUUUUAGACUUAAGGUUGUGUACUUUUUUCUCCCCAGGUGCCAACAUUGCCACGGGUGAGGAGGUAGCUAUUAAGCUGGAAUGUGUGAAGACCAAACACCCACAGUUGCACAUCGAAAGCAAGUUCUACAAGAUGAUGCAAGGAGGAGGUAAGGGGUGAAUUUAUGCUUUGACACGAAAAACAUUUUACAAGCUUUAUCAACUUUUCUGAUUGCAAUAUUUUUAAUAUAACAACCCAGCUUGUCCUGCAACAAGAUGUGUUGGAGAAAAACAAUGUCAUCUUUUCAAGUUAUGGUCUAUAUUCAUCUUAGGUGAAAAAGGCAUUUUCAAGAAUCUAGGUGGUAAUAAAUAAGAGGUUUUGUCAUUUAAAGAGGUUGAAUAAACUCAAUGCUGACUGUCAAUGUGUGUUUUUUCAGUGGGUAUUCCAUCAAUAAAGUGGUGUGGUGCGGAGGGAGACUACAACGUGAUGGUGAUGGAGCUGCUUGGACCUAGCCUGGAAGACCUUUUCAACUUUUGCUCCCGGAAGUUCAGCUUAAAGACGGUCCUGCUUUUGGCCGACCAGAUGGUAUGACACAGAGCCUCGUGUUCAGUCAGCAGCUUUAGAAUAAUGCAGUUUCAGUGUCCCCUUCAGUGAAGCUUCUCCUGUUGAAAACAGUCAGCUUUUUGAGCAGAACACUCAGACACAAUAAUAUCAUCCCUCUGGAUCAUGUGCAUGACCUACUUGAUUUUAUUUGUUGGUGCACGCUCUACAUAUAAACACUGCACAUGAGUCCCCCAAGGCUUCUUUAAAGAUUGUAGAUGUUUCCACUACUCGUGUGCAUCCAGUGUGCUCUAUAAUCUCGGCCCUGCUAAUAUUGCUGGCCUAGAUAUUUCAUGAGCAUCUAUCUCAAGCACAACUUCUCUCACCUUUUGUUCUGACUGCAACAAAGCUGCUGUGUCAGUCUUCUAUAUGUGUGUCUGACUCUCCACAUAAAGCCUGGAGUCAUCACCUUUCUCUGUCCCGUCUUCAUGUAUCACAUUGUCCUUCUCUUGUCCUCCCUUUUGUCUUAGUUUGCUAGAUGUAUUGAGCUAUUGAUUCCACACACUUCAACUCGAUGGCCAACCUAUAUUAGGAAAGUAGUAAAUAAAAGAGCCGUCCUGACAGCACAAAGAAUGUGAUAACAUGACCUUGAGAUCAUAUUUUCCCAUCAACACAACGCUGUAGAGCAAGCCUGCUCAGCGAUACCAUGAACUGGGCCAGAUUGGAAGACCAGGACAUGGCUAUGAGGCUAUUGUGAGAACUACAUUACCCUGAUAUCUUAUGGAAAACUCAAAAAACAAAACCAACACAAUCAGUCAAAUCCAGACUGUCACGGGUUGAGACACAUUACUCCAUAAACUUUAUAGUUAUAUACAAUUUACUUACAUGUCAUCAUCUAUUCCAAUGAAUGGCUUUUCCACAUCACCAGCCAUAUGACCAAAACAUCUUUUUAGAAAAGAUGUUCCCUCAUUAAAGAGGGGUAUCAUGCUUUUCCAUACUUAGAACAAAAUGCAAAGUCACAAUAUUAGGUGUCAGUACUGAAGGUAUACACAUUUUCAAGUCACGAGGUAAACGUAUGUCAUCACAAUCUUAGAAAACAGGUGUAAACUGUACUGUUAGUACAGGUGUAUUACAACAGCCCCGGUCUGGACGCCAUAUCCUUGGAUUAUCACGAUGCAUGAAUGGCAAAUGAGUCUUGUAGUUUGACAGAAAAAACUAAUUAGUGCUUGGUGAGGUAAAACGGCUGGUUUUCCCUGUCCUCUUUUUGCUUAAGAAUGGACAAUAACAAUUGUAUAAGGUAAAAUUCCAAGGAUGGUCUGAAUGUUUUGAACGUGACAACUCCUGUGACCCUCAGUAACAAUCCCUAAGCCUACUGUGUUUGUGCAGCUCUCGACAAAAACAAGAGUAAAGUGAGAGUGCUGACUUUCAUGCGCACUGUGUUGUUGAAUCAGUUUUCAUAUGUUAUAUGCGUGUACCUUAAGCAGGUUUGGGCACUCAAAGAUUGCCUGCGGCCAGAUUUGGCCUGAGAGACAGCAGUUGUAUUGCAUCUUUUAUAUUAUUUACGUAUUUGAUGUUUUCUGUUGUGUAACCUGACAGUUUUCUCUUUGUCUCACUCACCCCCCCUCAGAUCAGUCGCAUCGAGUACAUCCACUCCAAGAAUUUCAUCCAUCGGGAUGUGAAGCCUGACAACUUCCUGAUGGGGCUUGGUAAAAAGGGCAACCUGGUGUACAUCAUUGACUUUGGCCUCGCCAAAAAGUACAGAGAUGCCCGCACACACCAGCACAUCCCUUACCGGGAGAACAAGAACCUGACUGGCACUGCCCGCUACGCCUCCAUCAACACACAUCUUGGAAUUGGUAUGAAGCAUAUACACAAACCUGACCUGUUAACCUUCAAUCAAAAAGUCAGUGUGUGUACACAAAGGGGUCCCUAGAACUGGUUUGUCUAUUGUUAUACAAAUAUUGUAUGAUGUCCUGAUUAUACAAUGCUGCUUUAGGGUUUUUGAUCUCUUACACCUGGUAUCUCCUCAUGUUUUCAGGCAGUUGUGUCAGUUCUUUACUUUAGGAAGCUCUUCAAAAUCCAGUAUCAGAAAUUUUUUGAGUCCAGUUCACGAGCUAACCUCCUGUCCCAAUUAAAACUUUACUAAUUCCAGACGUAUAGAAUCUGAUUUAAAAAGUUUACAUGAACAGGAAGGGAUUUUUCUUGCUUUAAGUAAACAAGAAAUAUACCUUAAAGUAGAGUUUGAUUUUCAUGUACAGAAGUCUCAUGAAUGUGUCCUCAUCAGAUUAACAAAUUAUUUUGUUUUUUUCUUCAUCAGAAAGUCAAAAAUCCCAACGAUUUCAAUUUUUAAUCUAAUAUGUUUAAUCUGUACCACAGUGACUGAAGUGAGUAGAUGAGUCACACACAUGAUAAUAUGCACUUCUAUCUUUGAAUUUUUCAACCAAAGUCAUGGGAAAUGAAAACAUAUGUAUUUGGUGGAUAGAGUCACAGGAUCACUGUGCCCUAAAAUCACUUGAAAGAGCAGAAACUGUAUUUGUUUUUAUCUUCUUACUCUUUCCUACUUUUUAUUAGGGGUGUUUCUAACCAUAUCUUUUGUUCGAUUACAUGCUGUGGUUAUUUGAUCAGUGUUGCAGUUCUAAGCAGACAUUCUCAGUUUUUGUUCUCUCUCUCUCUCUCUCUCUUUGCGUCCACAGAGCAGUCGAGGCGUGACGACCUGGAGUCUCUCGGCUAUGUCCUUAUGUACUUCAACCUGGGCUCCCUCCCCUGGCAAGGCCUCAAAGCUGCAACCAAGAGGCAGAAGUAUGAGCGAAUCAGUGAGAAGAAAAUGUCCACACCCAUCGAGGUCCUUUGCAAAGGAUAUCCAUGUGAGUGAUGAGUCUGUGGCACUUCUUUGGCAGCAGUUUACACGCAAUACUGAAAUGUUUUACAGCUGUAAAAUCGGGUAGCUCAGUAAGAAACAGAAUAUUUACUUUAAAGCUGUCCUCUAAUCACUGAAGAACAUGGUAUUUUCUGUUUUGGUUUCUGUUGGUGUUGGCUGCACUCUGAGCUUCUCUUCAUACCUGUCUUGUUUUUUCUUUCUCCUGCAGCUGAAUUCUCCACGUAUCUGAAUUUCUGUCGUUCGCUCCGUUUUGAUGACAAGCCUGACUACUCUUACCUACGACAACUCUUCAGGAAUCUUUUCCACCGCCAGGGUUUCUCCUAUGACUAUGUCUUCGAUUGGAACAUGCUCAAAUUUGUAAGUCUGCAUGGACUGUAAGCGGAAAUCUUAAUCUUUGUCUUGGUGACCAGUUCUUUAAUUACCGUGCUAAAAAUCUAACAUCCAGAAUGAAACACAGCUCAUGUAGAGGUGAUCGUUUUUGAGUAGAAAAAUUAAAACACGGCCAAUCUCAUGUAUCAGGGGGCCAGUCGGACAGCUGAGGAUGGUGAUCGGGAAAGAAGGGCAGGCGAUGACAAGGAUGAGCGGAUUGGAGGAGUCCCCAGGGGGUCUGCAUCACGGGGCCUACCUCCAGGCCCCAACCCUGGAGCUGCCAACAGAGUCAGAAACGGGCCAGAACAGGCCAUCUCCAAUCCCGCCUCACGGGUCCAACAGUCUGGUGAGUUUAUAACUCCUGAUCCUACGCUGAUUCUGCAAUAACAGUUUACAUUGAAUGUUGGCAUCUAAUACAGUCAGUUGUAAAUUUUGUGAAUAAUUUUAGGUAACACGUCCCCUCGUGCUAUUUCUCGUGCAGAGAGGGAGAGGAAGGUGAGCAUGCGGCUCCACCGAGGGGCUCCUGCAAAUGUAUCGUCCUCUGACCUAACCCGCCAUGACCAAUCAAGAAUCUCCACAUCACAGGUGAGAAAAGAAACUCAGUCCUUCUUUAGCAAUGUAAGAACUCAACCUCUGGUUUUGUAAAUGCACACAGGAGCGACAGCUAAUUAUUGUUAUUCAAAAACGUGAUUAUGGACAUCCCAGUGAUGCUCAUUUUACUUUGCACUGGUUAUUGACAUUCUGAGUGGAAACAAAAGAAGCAAAUCGUUUGAAGCGGAGAGUAAUCAUUAAUGUCUGCAGAAGUUUGUUUAUAGGGACAAAGAAAACGUUGUGGUCAGAAGGACUGAAACUGCUGGACAAAACUACUCAGACAAAAACCAAAAUAAAGAAUGCCUCCAACUAGGCCUGUCGCGAUAAUCAAUUAAUCGCCUUAUCGCUCGAUAAAUAAAAACGAGGUCGGUCAUUUUGCCAGCCUCGAUAAUUGACGUGCGUUUGUUUUCCUCCUCUCUCGCUACCAAAGACGCUGGAUGAGAGAGGAGGUCUCACUCUGCGCAUUUUUCUCGGCACCUGGGGGCGUUGGCUCUAUAGCGGAAUGAACGGAGUUAGUGAACCCUCCUGUCAGUCAUUCAGUAUCUUUGUCACGAGGGGGCUGGCGCACACAGACACACAGCCACAGACUUUUGGAUACAGUGCUGCAAGUGAGCGUCGUGAGUGAAAAGCAAGCAAACAGAGUGAACACGACAGCUUUGGUGUCUAAACCGCACGCAACAGCCCAAGUGUGGGAAUAUUUCGGCUUUAAACCAGUUUUGUUUUCGUCAGCCACAAAACUCCACGUGUGUGCGCGCGCGCGUGUGUCUGUGUGUUGGAGGAGCACAGCAGGCUGAUGAGAGCUGUCAGAGCGGACUGAAGCUGCUCCUAUAUGUUUAGUGUUUAACUGACUGAGUUCUGAAACUGUGUUCAUCAUUUUCGUCUCGUCCCAUCAACGUAAACGCACUUUCGUCUCGUCACAUUUUAGUCAUCUCCGACUUACGUUUAGCUCGUCAACGUUACGUCUUCGUCGUGGAAGAAAAGGGAAAUAUUUUAGUCAAUAUUUCCCUUUUUUGACGCUGGCGUUGACGAAAAAAUCUGACGAAAUAUGACGAAAACAACACUGCUUUAAACCAAAUGAAAGAGGUGAGCCCACAAAUAUGGACGAGCCGAUAUGGCGUAUUUGUUCCAAACUUGUGGUGACAAAGAAGGGGAAUACGACGAACAUGCACGUGCACCUCAAGCACAAUCAUCCCCUCCAUUUUUCUCAAAUGAGCAGAAAAAGUACCGCCGGAGGUACCGCUUACUGAAGCGUUUGGUAAGCAAAGCAAAUAUAAACAAAACAGCGCAAAAUGGUGCGCGCUGACAGACAGUGGAAAUUAAAGUUGAUCACUUUUGACACGGUGUACUCGCAUUAUUAUGCCAUAUAAUAUUAUCUAUAAUUUAAAAAACUGUGUCAAUAAUAUCGUUUAUCGGCGAUAAUUUGUAGCACAAUUAUCGUCCAGCAAAAUUUGUUAUCGUGACAGGCCUACCUCCAACACUAAAACUCUUGUUUCUUGUUCACAAAUCUGGUCAAUUCCUGUUAUAUGGGAGUUGACACAGCAAUAAAAGCAAAAUAGACUCUCUGUGUGUGUUGUUGUGGACUGUAAAACGCUGAACAUUUACAAUUAACAUAGAUUUCGUCAUAGAUUUUAUGCCCGUGACCGUGGAAAGCAAAAUUAUCUGCAAGUGAUUUAUUCAGAACAUUUAACUUCUCUGGCAUUGUUCAAAAACAGAGUGGUUACAGUUUUAUGUUAUUCAGGUACCACCACAACAAAAACUGAACUCCUUGGCGCCUAAGAGUGGUGAAUUAAGUCACUCUUGUCUUUCAACCUGCAUACUCUGCUGGUGCAGAAAAGGUCACUGAACGCAGACAAAUUAACGCAGCUACAGUUGGAACUAGAGUUGGGACACUGUGUAAAAUGUAAAAAUAAAAAACAGAGUUAGAUGGUUUAAAAAUUGAUGAAAACUAUUUCAUUGAAAAUGGCGCAAAGAAAACAUUAAAAGCUACAACUGGAAGAUCAUUUUAUAAGAAACAGUCAUUUUAUACUUGAAGUUGGCAACCCAUCUCGAAAGAGUUGGAACAGAGAUUCAAAAUCACUACACCAACAAGGUUGUGUUGUGUUUUUAGUCUGACACAAAAGAGUCGUGUUCAUCCUUGAGACGCCAAAGGAGCUUUACAAAACAUCACUAUUGACCUGUGAAUGAGGACAGUUGUAGUGGCUGUAACAGGAUAAAACAGAGAGAAACACACAGCAAACUGGAUGACGUAUGACUUCAGCUGCAACAAAAAAAAUCCAGACUUCUUUGUGCAACUUUUUGCUGAAAUAUUGGGAGUGUUUAAGGUUUUGUGGUAUAAUUUCUCCAAAACAAUCAGAAAGUAACUUCUUAUUUAUCCCCUUCACCCCAUUGUGGUCCUCACUGUACUGAAAGCAUCACUUAAUGUUAAACAGUUUCUUUUUCCCGUUUGUUCAUGGCACUAUUAGGUAGAUGAUACAACUAAAGAUUUCAACUUUUUCAAUCCUACCAGAUUUUAAAACGUACUGUAUUGUUUCAAGGCAUGUGAGAUUUUUGGCUGAGUUGUUUGUUGCAUUGAAUCAUAAUGUUUAAAUAAAUGAGUCUCAUGUUUGUGUUCAAUCUUUUUACUGUUUGUGUUUCAGGUCAGCGUGCCGUUCGAGCACAUGGGGAAAUAAAACUCAUUGGCUCUGCAUACACAUAAAACUGACAGGUAAGUUCUGAUUAAACUCUUUCAGUCCUUUUUAAAAAGUGUGUUUAUCAAUCGAAUGACUGUCCCUCUUCUUCUUGCAGGGCUGCAAAGUAUAUUCAUCAUUUGAUUAUUUUCUUUUAUUUCUACUUUGUUUUAUUAAAUGAUUGCCAAUGGACUCAUGGAUCUUUUGGAAAAAGACUUUUCUCUCGAAAGGAUCCAAGGAAGUACAUGACAGUAUCCAAUGCGCACUCUUUUAUAAACCCUCUUUUCUGAACUGCGGGCUUUCACAACCACAGAUUAAAAAGCAAACAAAUGACAGCCCACUGUUGUUACUUCAUGGUUGAUCGUACCUGCUCCACUCCUCAAACUAAUUCCCUCAGAACAGAUCUGACAAAUGUGAAGUGCUGCAGAAGCAUUAGAGAAGCAAAAAAGUGUUGAGGACACACGCAUGUAUCUCAAGCUCAACUUCAUGAUUGGUAUAAAUGCAGUGCAAAUUUGUUCAAGCCAAGAGAACUCGGUAAAUUUCACUUGUUGUUCAGUUGAAGCUUGUUUUGAGUUCACUUUCUGCACCAUGUAUGGAGGGAUAACAGCAGACAAGAUAAAGAAAUAAGGAGAGGUAAUUGAGAGUUAAUGGACAUAAAGUGAGAGUGAUUUAAAAUGGGUAAGUAAGUGAUGUUUUAGCUGUUGCAGAGUAACGUUUCUGAUGAAGUAGCAAAUGAUGCUUGCUUGCACUUCAUUCAUGUUUUAGUCGUUUAUUGUCCCCCAGAUCUCACCACCAAAAACCUGCACCACCGAUUAUUUUGCCUGUUCUGACUUUAGUGUUCUCUCUGGUUUUCUCGUGAGCGGGUAAGGUGAAGAAUGACCAUAGAUAUUGCAAAGACACACUCCUAAAUCUUGAGGGAAGCUCCUCAGGAAAUUCUUAGCGCAUUUGACCAGAGACCAUAGCUGCCCAUUUUGGCUAACAAAAAAGUGGCUGCAAUUUUUAUGAUAGUUCUUAAUGUUACCUUUUUUAUUCUUUUGUUAUCGGAGAUCAUAGGGGAGAGGGCAGGAUAUUUUAGGGAUGACUCUUAGGGGACAGGGCAUCCUAUUGUUAUUAUUUUUUAAAUGUUUACUUCACUGUAUAUAUAUUUUUUAUUUUGAUGUAAAUCCAAAAUGUGGUCCUUUUUUUUGUUUGUUUUUAGGUGUAAAGCAGAAAAAUUCAUACUAAUGACAUACAUAGGGGCUGGUUUCAGAAUUCUAGUUAUUUCAAGUAACAAGGGUACAGUUACUGUGCCAGCUGGGUCAUCAACAUUUUCUCUGUGUGUGUGUGUGUGUGUGUGUGUGUGAUGACGAGAGAGAGAGAGAGACGCUGUAAAUCCCUGCUCAGAAUACAUGACUUACGUUUUUGUAUAUUUUCAUUUCUGUGCUCUAUUUAUUUUUGACUGUUUUUUAAUCGUCAGUGUUAAGUUUUUGUAUUUUAAUCUUAUUUGGUGUCAUUAUCUUUCUGUAUUUCAAAGAAGUACGUGUUUGUGUGUUUUUUGCUUGUUCUUUUAUUUUCUUCUUUUGGUCCAUCUUACAUCAUUAACAGGGCUUCUCUUGCAAAAAUGAUAAUAAUUUGAUGUCACCUUUGGAUGUCAAUCUCCAGCAACCUUGAUAACGUCACUGAAAAUGAACCAACUGAUGCAAAUGCAGGGAUGUGUAAAUAGAAGUGUAUUGUGUGUAAUUACCUUUGUACAGGCCAUUUUGACCCAGUGGCAUUGUAACUGUUGCUUUAGGUAUGUAUAGCAGAGGUUGAGGUGAUUGGGGUUUCACUUUAUGUAUUGUGUGCUGAUAUCUUGUACAGUUCUUUAACACUUUAUUUACAACAGUAUUUGUGUAUAUUUUAUGAAGUAAUAAAAUUAAUAAUGUUGCUCACAGCUUUUUGCUGGUCUUUUGGGUCUUAUUCUUAGCAUUUUAUAUGAGCUUUUGUUUUAGAAUUUUUCAUUUGUUUCACAACACAAUUAUUAAAGGAAAAUGUAAAGUAGUA